CGAUCACGUGACGGGGCCCGGAAGCGACUGCCAGGGUAGCCAAGGGGGAUGGCUAAGGCUUGACUCUGAAGCCGGGGGUGGUGGGCUGCGCUGACGCCGGAUCCGGAGUCUGAGCCGGGGCCGGAGCCUGAGCGCUACCAUGUCCACGCAGCGGCUUCGGAACGAGGACUAUCACGACUACAGCUCCACUGACGUGAGCCCAGAGGAGAGCCCGUCCGAAGGCCUGAGCAACUUCUCCUCAGGUUCCUACCAGCGUUUUGGGGAAAGCAAUGGCACAACAUGGUUCCAGACCUUGAUCCACCUGUUAAAAGGCAAUAUUGGCACAGGACUCCUGGGGCUGCCUCUGGCGGUGAAAAAUGCAGGCAUCUUGGUGGGUCCCCUCAGCCUGCUGCUGAUAGGCAUCGUGGCUGUGCACUGCAUGGGUAUCCUGGUGAAAUGUGCCCACCACUUCUGCCACAGACUGAACAAACCCUUUGUGGACUAUGGGGAUACAGUGAUGUAUGGACUAGAAUCCAGCCCCAGCUCCUGGCUCCGGAACCAUGCCCACUGGGGAAGGCAUGUUGUGGACUUCUUCCUGAUUAUCACUCAGCUGGGAUUCUGCUGCGUGUAUUUUGUAUUCCUGGCUGACAACUUUAAACAGGUGAUAGAAGCAGCAAACGGGACCACCAACAACUGCCACAACAAUGAGACAGCGAUUCUGACACCCACCAUGGACUCACGACUCUACAUGCUCAGCCUCCUGCCCUUUCUGGUGCUGUUGGUUUUCAUCAGGAACCUCCGAGCCCUGUCUGUCUUCUCCCUGUUGGCCAACAUCACCAUGCUGGUCAGCCUGGUCAUGAUCUACCAGUUCAUUGUGCAGAAGAUCCCAAACCCCAGUCACCUCCCUUUGGUGGCACCCUGGAAUACCUACCCUCUGUUCUUCGGCACAGCCAUUUUUGCAUUUGAAGGCAUCGGGAUGGUUCUGCCCCUGGAAAACAAAAUGAAGGAUCCUCGGAAAUUCCCCCUCAUCCUGUACGGGGGGAUGAGCAUCGUCACCGCCCUCUACAUCAGCCUGGGGUGUCUGGGGUACCUGCAGUUUGGAGCUCACGUUCAAGGCAGUAUAACCCUCAAUCUGCCCAACUGCUGGUUGUACCAGUCGGUCAAGCUGCUCUACUCCAUUGGCAUCUUCUUCACCUACGCCCUCCAGUUCUACGUCCCCGCGGAGAUCAUCAUCCCCUUUUUUGUGUCUCGAGUGCCAGAGCAUUGUGAGUUAGUGGUAGACCUCUUCAUCCGCACAGUCCUGGUCUGCCUGACAUGCAUCUUGGCCAUCCUCAUCCCUCGCCUGGACCUGGUCAUCUCCCUGGUGGGCUCCGUGAGCAGCAGCGCCCUGGCCCUCAUCAUCCCGCCCCUCCUGGAGAUCACCACCUACUACUCAGAGGGCAUGAGCCCCUUCACCAUCGCCAAGGAUGCCCUGAUCAGCAUCCUGGGCUUUGUGGGUUUCGUGGCGGGGACCUACCAGGCCCUCUAUGAGCUGAUCCAGCCGAGCAAUGCUCCCAUCAUCAUCAAUUCCACCAGUGCCUUUGUAUAGGAUCUCGGUGCAUCCUCUGCACCAGCCAACCCCACCCUUGUGUGUGCCCCCAGUACCUGUCCUCAGAGCCUCAGGUAAGCCCCAGGCUCUGGGGAAAGACAGGGUCGCUGUCUGGGAAACCUGUAUUUGGCACCCAGUACGCUGGGCUGGGUAGUCUGAGGGCAGAGGGGACAGGGUGGGUAACUGAUACGCAGGAGGUACCACUAGGAACAGUGCUGUCACUAUUGUUCAUUUUUACUUGUUUUAACCCAGAACUUUGCAGCUGUUCUUCCGCAUCAUGCCUCCUCCCUUCUGACCCACUUCUUCCAAGUCAUUCCUGUCACACCACUUACUGUAUUUAAAAAUUUUAGCGACCCCGUCUCACGUUUUCUCUCUUCUUGGGCCAGGCUUAGAUUACUUAAGUGAGAGCUCUGGUAGCUCUCCCUCUUUAUAAAGCCAGGCCUAUCACUUUCUUAUCUCUCUCCCAAAUAUUUUACCUCAAUAUUCUCUUACCAGUUCACUCUCCAAGGGACGGCUGGACCUAUCUAGUAGUUUAAAAACAGCCCCCAAAGUGGAGUUUUUAACCUUAAGUCUCUCUGGCUUGAUGUGACCCUUAGGGCAACACUUUCUCUUCUUGUAAUCCCUCAGUGUGGGUCACAAUACUGUUGUAUUCUUAGCUGCUGUAGCUCUUAAAAGAUAUGAAGUACUGCCUAAAUUGAAGAUAUUUAUGUUUUAUUUAAAAUCAGCUUUGUGUUUUUAGACUCUGUCUCUAGAUCUGUGGUUAUGAUGAAUUGUUUCUUCCUCAGUAAUCUUACUCAGCCACUCAUGCUAAAAAGGAAAUCACUCCAGGAAAUGUCUGGUUAGAUUCUUAGCACUCUUGGCUGGGUACCUUUAAGAUAUGAAUCAGGACUCAUCUCAAUGUGUACCUCUGUGGGGUGGCAUGGAUUUUGCCUCCCAUUGACCAGCCUGAGAAGUAUCGAAGCCUGAGAAAUGAUCAGAGGACUCAGCAAAUACUUGUGAUGCACUAGGCCAAGGGACAGUGUAGCCAGGUUGGAUAUGUCUGUCACAGGAAGCUUAGAAAAUGGCUGGUUCGUGUGCUCAGGCCUAUUUGCAGCCUUAGCCUGUGACAAGAGAAAGGGAUGGCUGAGUUCAGUUGCCAUCAUCCCAGGAGGACACCCACUCUGUGGCCAUGGGUGAGCCGUUGAGGUCAGUGCGCCCAGAGAGUUUGAAGUUGAGCUCCUAGAGUAUACAGCAGCUGGUCUGACACUAUGCGUGGUGCUUGGUUGUUUACAAUCAUAGGGGUAGGGCAGCCCCAGUGCCCCGCCCAAUGCUGUCUCCAUGACCUGAACCUAUAAGGAACCACUUGGCUGGGACACCUGUUCCCUGCAUUCUAAACACUAACCGUGAUGCCUGUCCUUCCCCCUUCCUCCACAUUGCCUCCCUGAGCGUCAGAAAUGGAUUCAGGGGUGGCUCACCUCAAGGUCACCAUUCAGAUUUGGGAACAAGCUUCAGAGAAGGCAGAAGAAGGUGACUUGCCUUGCUUUGGCUGUCUCUUCUUCCCUCUUGGUGUGAGAAGUAUUUCAGAAGGGCAUUCAUGGACUCUUCAUCUCCUCAGCUGUGUGUGUAUGUCUGUCUGUCUGUCUGUCAGUCAUAGCGUGAUUCCUCAUCUCAGGCCCUGCUGUCUUCUACUCCUCUCUCUAGGCUGUCUCAAACCUGGAGAUGUGGUUCUCCCUGGAAGUUGGCUCAUGGAAAGAAGUAAAUUUAUCCAGGUUCUGUUUUUGUCUUUGUGGUCCACCAAGCUCAUAAGGGCUGUGACCCAGCCUCGGAGCCUUGGCUUCUUCUUCCUCUUCUCUUCCAAAGCCGAUAGAGCUGGCUUUUAGGUAUAGAGGCAGGAAAAGUGGACUCUCAUGUGUAUUGACUGUUCACCUACCUAGUAAUUUAUUAAAUUAGGAAGACUUGAUCAUCGGUGACUUGUUCUCCCUUGGGAGAAUGAAACGUUUUACCCCCACCUUUUCUGCUUUCUCUGGUAGUCACUAGCAGGUGCUUCCAUGACCACGAUUCUAGCUGGAGUGAGCAGAGGCUCUGCCCUCUGAAAUCUCAGGCUUAGAUGUUACCAAAGUGGACUUGAAAAUAGUAUCUCAUGUGGGCAAGCCCAGGCACAGCAGCCCAGCUGUUUGCCUGGUAGCCUCCCCAGAGCAGCUCUGAGAGUUUUACCAGUGGGUGUAUGCCACUAGGAGGGGGCCAGACUCGGGUGCUGCCCGUUCGUGCUCAGGGAGCUGCUAGAUGCAGACCCGUCCAGGUGGGUUCUGAGAUUGGGACUUUGAUGCCAGGGCUUGAGGACUGGAAGGCAGAAGCAAAAUGCAGGCUGUUGAUUCAGGGUCCCUGGCCAAGAGGACAUGGUGAAUAAGGAAACUGACUCUAGCUUUGGGGCUUCUAGGUGCUAACUUGGGAUGGCCUGGGCCCUGUUUGACCUCUCCUGGGCUCCUGCUGCUUGGAUAACCUGAAUGCAUGGCUACUUCAGAAGAGCCAGGCAAGGCUGCUCCAGGUGUGGACCUUACUGGCUGGGCAGGUGCACAGCUCUUAGGUGUCGAGUAAAGGGUCAGCUAGAAGAUGGCAGGUGAGGAAGCCCUUCCUUCUCUUCAGGACACCACCCUCUCAGCCAGCCCAGGGUUUCUUCAGCUGCCCACUGGACCACUUUAGGCAGAGAGCCCUCCCUGGGUUCUUCCCAUUGCUGCUUAGGACCCAGCUUCCCACCUUUCUCUGUACCCUGGCUCUGGUUCACGCUGAAAAACACAAGCAGCGUGAAGUCUGAUUGAGGAGCAAGAGAGCAAGGCUCUCUAGAACAUGAGACUGGACCUGCCCGGCAAAAGGCAAACCUCAGAUUUUCUGGCGGGAUACUGUUACACCCUGUGGCCGUCCCCUAUCCCCAGUCCAGCCCAUUUCCAUUAGACCAGAGGUAGCUUCUCAGAGGCCCUUGUUAGUUCUCUCUUCCAAACGCUGCUGCUGGGAGCAGGUUUCUAGCUCUCAGCUUGCCAUGUACUUCCUCUCAAAUCUAGGAACUUGCCAGGAAGAGCAUGGCCUGGUGUCUUCUGUUUGCUCUGCUUAGGAGCUGUCGCUGGUCACAAGUGCCAUUAUUUAUAUUGUGUUGCUCUCCAGCUGCUAAGCACCUCUCAUCUGCAGAUAUGUGUCAGUGUGAACAUGUCUUGGCUCCAAAGCUGCAUCUUACCACCCUCUCCGGUACCUCCAUCUGCCAGCCACAUUCACGGGCUGGUUCUCCUUACGUGCUCUCUGACCCAUGGAAGGGGCAAUGGUUUUAAAGUGUCGAUCCUGAGCAGGUACACCAGAAAAACCAUUUUCCCCUUCCCUCUUCUCUCUUACUUUUUUUCUCCCCAAAUUGCUGUCCUCCUAAGUUGUAGAAUGUCACCUCUGUUUCACACUACGUGCCCACCAUGCUUUUGGGAAGUGCAGAAUCUCAAUUCUUGUUUGUUUACAGCUCUCUCUGCUCACUGCUCGUAGCGGGGGCGGGGGGGCCUGUCUCAGUGGGUUUUGUUCCAAGCUGGUUAGAUGUGAAGGCAGGCCUCAGCAUCUGCCCCCAGCCGGAACACGAUGCUGCUGCUUCCUGGCCGCGAGACACUAAGUAGGGUUGGCAGGACUUGGUGAUUAGGGAGCUCUGCUCUAGCUCUGCCUUAGAAUCUAAUUUUCCAAAUGGACAUUAUCGAUCUCCAAAACCAUUAGGGAAAAAAAAGGGGGUGUGGUUUGCCUAGGAAGUCAUGGCCAAUACUUUCAGAUCAUUAGGGCUGCUGUUUGCUAGGCUAUUUGCACAGCAUCGGCCCAUUACGUUUCUUCCUUUUAAUUUGUGCCACUGAGUCAUUCCCGGGCCAGAGGACAGAAAUGGUGCUGAUACGAUGUUACCAGACUAGGGGAUGGAAAGUCAGGGGUGGGGAGGGUGCCUGUUAUAAAUCUUGUUCUUUUGUUUAAAUCAGGGGAAACUGUUUUCUUUUAGUGAACAAUAAAAUCAGGUGACUCUGUUGUAAAACAUGUCAAUGAAUUUGUGAAUAGGACAAAUAAGAAAAACGACCCUGCAGCAGGUCCUGGGAACCAGACAGUUCUGUGUAUGUUGUGUGCCUGUGUAGCUGUAUAGCCCAGCAUGGUACGUGUAGAUGUGGACUGAUUGUGCAAGAGCUUGUAGAAGAUCUUAUUUUGGGUUCUGCAUAUGGAUCAUGUGUUAAACUUUUCCUUUUCAAUAAAUGAACUUUGGUUUUUUUUUUAUUUUUUGAGAGA